AUGGAUUCUUUAGACAAAAGAACUCGAUUUCAAGUGAAUCGAGUUGAUGCUCACGCAUCGCACGAUGAUGGAGAAGAAACGGAUAAUUUGUGCGAUGAUGAUGAUGAUGCGAGGGAUGAAAACGAUGAGGAAAGAGUUCGACUUUACAGCGAAAGCUACGAUACAAAAUAUGCGAAAAGUUUUCGCCAUUUUACAAGGGAAGCUCUUCCGAGGAUGGACAAUUAUAGGAAUAUCAUGUCCAUUCACGCAGCUUACAGGCCUACCUUGGAUGAACUUCACGAUGCCACACUUCAUGGAAAACCGACCGAGAUACCGACAACGACAAAAAAUGGCAGAGAAGAAGGUUCAGUUAAAUUUGGUUGGGUUCAGGGUGUUUUGGUACGAUGCCUUCUUAAUAUUUGGGGUGUCAUGUUAUUCCUUCGGCUAUCUUGGGUCGUCGGACAAGCCGGAAUCGGUCAAGCCAUGAUCGUUAUAUUGGGUGCGACCGUCGUCACCACCAUAACGUCGUUGUCGAUGUCUGCAAUCAGCACAAAUGGAGUCAUCAAAGGAGGUGGAACUUAUUACAUGAUUUCAAGGUCUUUAGGACCUGAAUUCGGAGGUUCAAUAGGUUUAAUAUUUUCAUUAGCCAACGCUGUUGCUUGUGCCAUGUACGUCGUUGGUUUCUGCGAAUCAUUCAAUUCAUUAUUGGCUACGUUCGAUGUCAGCAUCGUCGAUGGUGACGUUUCCGAUAUAAGAAUCAUAGGAUCCAUCACCAUAUUACUCCUUACGGGAAUCGUAUGCGUAGGAAUGGAAUGGGAAGCCAAGGCACAAGUUGGUUUGAUGGUGAUUCUGGUAAUCGCCAUUUUAGAUUUUAUGUUAGGAACUUUUAUCGGUCCGAAAAGUGAGGAAGAAAAAGCGAAAGGUUUCGUCGGUUACGAUAAUGACUUGUUAAGUCAAAAUUUCUGGUCCGAUUACAGGCCUUUCGAAAAUACAGAUCAUAAUUUCUUUUCGGUAUUUUCGAUAUUUUUUCCAGCUGCGACUGGAAUUUUAGCCGGUGCCAACAUAUCUGGAGAUUUGGAGGACCCUCAGCAUUCGAUACCCAAGGGAACUCUAUUGGCUAUAUUGAUAACGACAAUAUCCUACAUAAUAAUGGCUCUUCAAUCCGGAUGGACGGUUCACAGGGAUGCGAGUGGGGAUGUGAGCGAGCUUAACGACACGAGUGUUUAUAAUUGUACAUACAGGCCGUGCAAGUACGGUUUGCACAAUACCAUACAGGUAAUGGAAAUCGUUUCCGCUUUUGGACCAUUUAUUUAUGCGGGUUGUUUUGCCGCAACCCUUUCAUCUGCCCUUGCGAGUUUAGUGUCGGCACCAAAAGUUUUCCAAGCUUUGUGCAAGGACAGCCUUUAUCCGUACAUAUCGUGGUUCGGUAAGGGUUACGGAAAGAACAAUGAACCCGUACGGGGAUACAUAUUAACAUUUUUCAUAGCGAUUGCAUUUAUAUUAAUAGGUAAUUUAAAUUCGAUAGCUCCGUUGAUUUCAAAUUUCUUUUUGGCUGCUUAUGCUCUCAUUAAUUAUAGUACGUUUCACGCGUCAUUGGCCAAACCCGUGGGAUGGCGCCCGACAUUCAAGUUUUACAAUAUGUGGCUGAGUCUCGCCGGAGCACUUCUUUGCGUUGCCGUCAUGGUUUUGAUAAGUUGGUGGACGGCAGUCAUAACUCUCGCCAUCGUUUUGUCUUUGUAUUUGAUUGUGGCACAUAGGAAACCCGAUGUCAAUUGGGGUUCGACGACUCAGGCGCAAACAUACAAAAACGCUCUGACGUCCAUAAUCCAACUGAACAACGUCGAAGAUCACGUUAAAAAUUAUCGGCCUCAAAUAUUGGUUUUGAGCGCUCUUCCAAACAAUCGUCCUCAACUCAUCGAUUUUGCAUACCUCCUCACGAAAAACCUGUCGCUUUUGAUAUGCGGUCACGUGAUUAAGGAUUCCGUGCCUCAACGUGUGAAAAAUUCUCUCGCGAACAGGAGCAGUAAUUUCCUUCGGAUGCACAAGAUAAAAGCUUUUUACGCUCAAGUCGACGAGCUGAGUUUCGAAGCCGGAGCGAAAGCUCUCCUCCAAGCUUCCGGUAUUGGAAAGUUAAAGCCGAACAUUGUUUUAAUGGGUUACAAAUCGGAUUGGCAAACGUGUAAAAAAGAAGAUUUGCUCAUGUAUUUCAACGUUUUGCACAAAGCGUUCGACAUGUACAUGGCGGUAUCCAUAUUGAGACUUAAAGACGGUUUGGACUAUUCAAAAUAUUUAUCGCAAGAAGAGGAAUACACGACGAACGGUCACAUACAUCCCGUGGGAACGGCAACAAGUUUAGCAACUCGUCAGCAUUCUCAAGAAUUCAUUCCAAGAAACGAAAGUUUUAUACAAAUGUCAGCAGCUAGCAGUACGAGCGAUUUGACAGCGCCAUCAACUCCUAAUUUAAACAAGAAUAGAAACAACAGAACGAGCGAAAGUCCCAACACGGAAACACAAGAACCUGACACAACCGUUAUCGAUGUGAGAAUAGAUAAGAAAAGUCAGAAAAAGGAAAAAUCGAAAAAAGGUUCGAGAAGCGAUUUGUUCAGGAGUCCGAGUGGUACGGAAUUGCCCAAAGACAUUCUAAAUAAUCUUACAUUGUUCCAAAGGAAGCAGAAAAAAGGAAAUAUUGACGUUUGGUGGUUAUACGACGACGGAGGAUUAACAUUACUUUUGCCCUACAUAAUAAGCACGAGGAGUAAUUGGUCAAAUUGUAAGCUCAGAGACCAUCACUACCACCAUCACCUUUACCUUCAGUACCAUCACCAUCACAUGGCGAGUCUUCUUGCAAAAUUUCGAAUCGAUUAUUCUGAUUUAACAGUUAUUCCGGAUGUAACGAAAAAACCUCAGGAAAAAACGGUAGCAUUUUUCGAGCAACUCAUCAAAGACAGGAGAAUCACAGAUGAGGACAGUCCAGAGGCAUCCGUACUCGAAGAAGGUCAUUAUCACCAUCAUCAUCACAAAACAAAUCGUCAUCUCAGACUGAAAGAACUUUUAAUGGAAUAUUCCAUUGAUUCGAGUUUGAUCGUGAUGACUUUGCCCAUGCCACGUAAAAACAUGGUUUCGGCUGCUCUUUACAUGUCUUGGCUUGAAGUUUUAACACGCGACAUGCCGCCAUUUUUGUUGGUUCGAGGAAACCAAACGUCGGUCCUCACAUUUUAUUCGUGA